AUGGUCGGCAACGUCAACGUUGAGCGAUUCGUGGCUGCUCAUCAGGCACGAAUAUUCACACUCCGUCACAACAAAAUCCCGAUCGGCAUCAUCUGAUUGAUGGGAGCCCCUGCCUGGAAUAGUGGAUCUUUAAUGCUCUCCUCUCACCAUUCUCGUAACUUUUUAACUUCUAGCCAUUUAUGUUACCACGAAAACGUGUUCCGUUUUGGGCACUAUGUAGUAAGCCAUGCUGCCAUAAACAUUGGUAACAUGUGUUCAGUGUGGAUUCUCUUUCUACACUUAUUUCAAGUGUUGUUUUCUGCCAAAGCAGCUGCUUCAGAACCAGUACAAGCACAGAAGGCCAGAAAUCUGCAUGGGGUCCAGUAAGUGCUCUUGACAUUUUCUCUCGGCACACCGGUCCUGGAUUCAGCUUUAUUUCCAGUGUACCUAACUGUCAUCUACUUCUGUACCAUUAUUCUCACCACCAUGCUACCACGCCUUCUGAGUCCACUUAUUUAUGGUAUGAGAGAUCAAAAGUUUAGGAAGUAUGAAGAGAUCAAAGAUGUUUGGCCUUUUUAA